GGAUGAUGGUGGUACACUGAUAUACUGGAUUUAUUAAAAGUGGAUUUUUUGACAUGAAAUCAAGCGUAUUUAAAACUCCCCGGUUGUGCUUUUUCAUAUAAUUAAAUUCGAAUCUUAAAAUGAUUAAUUCAUUAAUACACAACAACUGAUGGUAAAGGUCACGCGAUAUGAAAUGAUAUACAACACUGUCAGGACUAAAAAAUAAAAAUACUGAUGCUGUUUCAUCAAAUCUUGAAUAAAUGAAAAGCUAAUUUAGGAUGAUUGCAUCUACUUAUUGGUAUCACUUAAACUUCGGCGGCUGUUUUCCGACUACUUAAAAACUUGGCCCCCUCUUUUUUUUUUCUUUUUAUUAUUUCCCUUUUCCUCUCUCUCUCUCUUUCUCUCUUUAUAUUUUUUUUUUUUUUUUUUUUGCACAUACAUUUAUACACACACACAUAUAUAUAUAUAUAUACAUAUACAUUUUAAUCAUGAAUCGUAUUACAAUCUCACAAAGCCUUCAUGGACAAGAUGAUAAAGGCAAAAGACUCCGUAUUAAAUCACACGAAGCUACAAACAAACCCAAGCGAAAGAGAAUAACACCAUAUCAGUUCAAAAUAUUAUCUGAAUUGUUCUUGAGUACUGAUACACCCAACUAUCAAUUAAGAGAAAAUACAGCUGAAAAACUGAAUAUGACGAAUCGUGAAGUACAGGUGUGGUUUCAAAAUCGUCGAGCCAAAGUAAAUCGAAGUCGUUUGCAAGAACAAAGAAGACAUGACCCAUUUAUAUAUCCUAUUUGCUGGACUCCACCGCAACACCAUCAUCAACAUCAACAUCAACAACAACAUAAUCAACAUAAAUUUACACCAAUGUUUCAAGAAGUUGAGCAUCAUUAUGAUAGUCAAUCUAGUGUAACAUCUUCAAAUUCAUCUACGCCUACCCUGUAUCCCCAAUUAUUGCCGCAUAUGAGACCGAUUGACAUAUUAGCCCUUGCUGCGGAAUAUGUCCAAAGGUGCGAUGAAGAGAAAAGACUGACUGAAGAAAGAAGAAAAUGUUGGAGACCAUGGGACUAAACAAAUAACUUAUCCAUACAAAUAACAACAAAAUGUACACAUUGUAUAUACUACAACAACAACAACAAAAAAAAAGGGUUGUUUUUUUUUAGUGUAUGGCUGAAAAAAAAAAAAAAAUGAAUUAUUAAUAGUUUAUUUCCGCCUCUUUGUACCACCUACUAAAAUAAAAUUAAUAUUACCUUGUUCCUCUUUCAAA